AUUUAAGGCUAGAGAUAAUUCGUUGAUAUAGUUAGUUAGCGCUUAUAUAUAGCACCGACCAUUGGCAGCAGACGUUAGUUGUUGAAUUGAGUGCGGUUUGGUGUUUGAAUACCUAUUCAAACAGUUCGAAUAUCCUAAACCAAAUGAUUACUCUCCGCUUGGCUAUCCUCUGGGCAGCCUGUCUAUCCGCAGUACUAGCGGAUACCAGGCAGCUACAGCUGCAGCCACCCACAACAUACGCCGCAGAGAACUGGGAGUACAGACUAUCAACGGACAUAAAACCCAUAAAUUACAACAUUACCCUGCGACCAUAUUUGCUGGAAAGCGAUGGACAAAAGCGUUUCACCUUCGAUGGUGAGGUCUUUAUUGAAAUCCAACCUACGGUUAACACAAAGCUUGUAUCGCUUCACUCGAAGAGCCUGACCCACUCGAUCAGAGAAUAUUGGGUAAAGCCCGCUGCGGGUGUAAAACCCACUCCACAGACCUUGACUCUGUCUAGUCACAAUCAAGAAACAGACAUCAUGAAUCUAACAACAACUGCUGAGCUGGCAGUUAAUCAAGUCUACAUUCUGCAUUUUAAAUAUACUGGGUUGAUGGAGGAUGAUAUGCACGGAUUCUAUCGUAGCUACUAUGUGAAUGACAACAAUGAGACCAAAUGGCUGGGAUCCACACAGUUUCAGACACACCAUGCCCGCCGCGCAUUCCCCAGCUUCGAUGAGCCCCAAUUCAAGGCAACCUUCGAUGUGACAAUUAAACGUCAUCGAUCCUUCAACACUGUCAGCAACACAAAAAUUUUAAAGACCUAUGUCAGUGAUGAAGCCAACUACUUUGUGGAUGAGUUCCAGACAACACCGAAAAUGUCGACUUAUUUGUUAGCCUUCAUCAUCUCCGAGUUCACCAUUCGAAAGGACGAUACUUUUGGAGUUCUCUCACGUCCCGAGUUCUAUACACAGACCCAAUACAGUUUCAAUGUCGGUCGUAAGAUUCUCGAUGAGAUGGGCAAAUAUUUAAAAAUGGACUACUAUGGAAUGGGUAACGAUAAGAUGGAUAUGGCGGCCAUACCUGAUUUCUCAGCUGGUGCCAUGGAAAACUGGGGAUUGCUUACCUACAGAGAAACUCGUCUCCUCGUGGAGGAGUCAGCAACUACGCUGUUAUCCCGUCAAGGCAUUGCCGCAGUCGUUGCCCAUGAGCAGGCACAUAUGUGGUUCGGCGAUCUCGUCACCUGUCAAUGGUGGAGCUACACCUGGCUCAACGAAGGAUUUGCCCGAUUCUUCCAAUACUUCGGAACCGCUUUUGUCGAAACUGAGUGGGAGCUGGAGAAGCAAUUUGUGGUUGAUCAGAUACAGUCAGUAAUGGCCAUGGACUCAACCAAUGCUACCAAUCCCCUGAGCGAUUUAAACACCUACACACCAGCCCAUCUUAGUCGUAUGUUCAACAGCAUCUCCUACAACAAAGGUGCCUCAUUCAUUCGCAUGGUAGAGCACACCAUGGGCACAGAAAACUUCCAGAAGUCUCUGCAGGAAUAUCUAGCUAAACAUAAAUAUGAAUCAUCCGUGCCGGCAUAUCUGUUGGCUGCCUGGACUGCACAGUGGCCAGAAAACAGAUUCAAGAGCAGCGCAGAGCGUAUCUUUAACAGCUUCACCACACAGGUGGGAUAUCCCCUGAUCAAUGCCAAGCUAUCCACCGAUGGCAAGAGCGUUGAGUUCACCCAGCAGCGCUUCCUGCUCAAGGAGAAUGAUGGAGCCGAGAAGAAUUUGAAGUACACAGUGCCCAUAAGCUAUACCACAAACUUGGAGAAAAACUUUAACAAUACUCAGCCCAAGUUUGUAUUGGCCGACACCGCCGCAUCCCACACAGAGACGUUGGCUAAUGGGACCAGCUGGAUUAUUGCCAACAUCCAGGAGACUGGAUACUAUCGCGUCAAUUACACUGAAAGCAACUGGCAUGCAAUCCAUAAGGCUCUUACCGAAAGCAACUGGGGCGGCAUUCAUGAAAUUAAUCGUGCCCAGCUGGUCGAUGAUCUCCUCAAUAUGGCACGAGCUGGACUCAUCGAGUAUAGCCUGACUUUCGAUGUUCUGGAGUAUUUGGAAACGGAAACCAACUACAUCCCAUGGACGUCGGGAUUCAAUGGAUUUAACUUCCUGGCAAUACGCCUCGGCAAUGAUACCAAAGAUUUCAGCGUGUACAUCAGGGAUUUAACCACAAAGGCCUACAACAAAUUGGGCUUUGAGGAGACUACGUCAGAUAAGGCGCUCGAUAUCUACUUGCGUACCAAGGUUCUAUCCUGGACCUGUCGCUAUGGAAACGCAGACUGUAUCAACCGGGCCAAGAACUACUUCAAUUCACUGUCCUCUGUUCCCAAGAACAUUCGGUCAGUGGUCUAUUGCGUGGCCUUGCGUGAGGGCGGCAGCACAGAAUUUGAGGCACUGUAUCAGAAAUUCAAGACCGAGUCGGUUGCUACUGAGGAAACACUCCUGCAGAACUCCUUCGGCUGUGUGAAGACUCAACCCCUGAUCGAACGAGUCUUUAGUUUAGUACUCUCAGAUGAGAUACGCAGACAAGACAAAGCUUCAGUUCUUAGCACGCUCUACACCGAGAACAAUGAGAAUGUUAGCCCUGUCUUCGAGUUGGUCACCAAGCAAUACGAAGCGUUGGCCGAAGCUAUGGGUAGCUACUCCGCGGUCGCUACAGUCAUAUCCAACAUCGCUGCACGUUUCACAGAGGAAAAACAACUUUCUGCUCUGAAAAACUUCAACGUGGCCAACAGCGCCAAGUUUGGCAGCUCUGCCUCUACGUUGAAAUCGGCUGAGACUUCCGUUGAAGAGAACAUCAAAUGGGCUGACGCUAAACUUGGACAUUUCCGCACUUAUCUGUCAAAUCGCAACGGCAGCGCGAUGAUCAGCGCCUUCAGCUUACUCACCCUUCUACUGGUUUCCUUUACCACAUUGCUGCACUAGGGGUAACCAAGUUGCACAAUUGUCCAAUAAAAAGUAUUUGUACUUUUAGUGCCUACUCAAAGUCAAUAAAUUAUCCAGAUAAGAUGUCUUUGAAUAUAAAACUAUUUAUGUCGGCUAAAAUUUACAAUAAAAUUCAACUAAUCUAUA